UUUCCCGAGAGAAAAAUCACAGAGUCUCUUUUCUCUCUCUCUGUUUAUCUUUUUCUCAGUUCUCAAAAACACAGUCCCACUUCGUCUUCUUCAUACCCCAUCUUCUGAAGCUCUCUAAAAAUAUACCCUUUUGGUUUCUCCUUCUUCUGAGUGAUGGGUACGAGCUGCCGUUGUUCUCACACUUCUCACAUCACUGAAAUCAUCAUAACCAGCUUCUUUCGCCACAAGCUAUAGAAUCAACCUCAAACCAACCCAAGAAAGCCUUACAUGGCUGUUUAAGCAACAAAAGGAAACAAAAAUACAAUAUAUUUUAAUUCUUAAAGAACAAACAAAGAAGUGAAGUUAAUUUGUGAGUUGAACAAAUAUGGCGGGUGGGAGAGUUUAUGGAGGCAGUACUGGAUCUUCGAGUCUUAGUGUGUUGCUUCAGAAUCAAAGGGGUUCCUCUGCUUCUGAGCCUCUUGAUUCUCUUUUCCUCUCUGGGUCUUGUAAUUCCUCGUCUUCUCCAUCUUUUUUAGGUUCAAGAUCCAUGAUGAGUUUUGAAGAUGUAAAUGGUGGAAAUGGAUCGAACAAGUCUUUUUUCCGGUCAUUUGGUUCUGAUGAAAUCGGGAUUGAUGAUGACUUCGAUGAGUAUUUUCAUCAACCCGGAAAGAAAAGGAGGCUCUCAGUGGACCAAGUCCAGUUUCUGGAGAAAAGUUUCGAGGUUGAAAACAAGCUCGAACCAGAAAGAAAAGUCCAGCUUGCUAAGGACCUCGGCUUGCAGCCUAGGCAGGUGGCCAUAUGGUUUCAGAACCGUCGAGCCAGGUGGAAGACAAAGCAGAUGGAGAAAGAUUACGAUGUUUUACAAGCAAGCUAUAAUAGCCUCAAGGCUGAUUAUGAAAGCCUCCGCAAGGAGACUGAUAAGCUAAAAGCUGAGGUUCUUGUUCUGUCGGAUGAGUUGCUCAAAAGAGAGAAAGAGAAAGAGAGUAGUAACUCAGAAGUGUGUGAUAAUUCUAACAAAUUGUGUGAUCAAGAGCCAGUGGAGAAGCCAAUAGCAGAAUCAGCCUCAGAAGGUGAGAUAUCAAAAGCUUCAACAGUGGUGUGUCAACUGGAAGAUAUUAGCUCGGUCAGGAGUGAUAUAUUCGAUUCAGAUAGCCCACGUUUCACUGAUGGGGUUCGCUCAAAUCCACUUAUGGAGCCUGGGGAUACCUCAUAUGUGUUUGAGGCUGACCAGUCUGACCUUUCCCAGGAUGAAGAGGAUAAUCACUUGAUCAACAGGACCUUCCUGCCUUCUUCUUCAUACAUCUUCCCAAAGUUGGAAGAUGUUGAUUACUCUGACCCGCCUGAAACUUCAUGCAAUUUUGGAUACCCUGUUGAGGAACCUGCCUUUUGGACAUGGUCUUACUAAGCUUUUGUUUUUUCUUUCGUUCUUCUGUUCUUCUAGUCUUUUGGUACAUAUCUGUCUUGUCUUUUCAAUUUCUGGGGUUUAUGUCUUGUUUAAAAAACCAUGUUAAUAGCUAUAUAUUCCUACCAAUAAAAUGUCAUCAAUGGCAAACUGGUCUUAAUA